UUUAUCUUCUUUGUCUCUAUCCAUCUCUAAUUUCUUGAAGAUGAAUAGUCAAUGUCUAUCCAUUUACUUGAUCAGUAAAUUAAUUUUUAACGGUUAAAUUGCAAUAUACCUGCUAGAUAUUGAACAUAAAAAUCAGGAUAUUACUCUACGAAAUUCAUAAAGAUUGGUGGGAGGGAGACCCUUUUUAAAAGUGAUCACUAAAUCGUUUGUUGGGUAAGCAUAAAACAUACAAGACAAAGGAAAGGAGGACUUUUUAAUCAGAAUCCACUCAGCUACAGUGCUUCACUUCUGAGAGAAUAAGAUACAAACACUACUCAGAGAGAGAGAGCGAGAAGGAAAGAGAGAGAUGGGUCAUAAUGAUGAUGAAAUUAAGAUAAGCAGGGAUGAAGAAGAGGAGAACAUGGCUGCUUGGCUCCUUGGAAUCAAAACUCUUAAAAUUCAGCCAUACCGAUUGCCUUCUCUUGGCCCUCAAGAUGUAAAAGUGCGGAUUAAAGCUCUUGGUAUAUGUGGAAGUGAUGUUCAUCACUUCAAGACAAUGAGAUGUGCAAAUUUCAUAGUGAAAAAGCCAAUGGUAAUAGGGCAUGAAUGUGCUGGUAUCAUAGAAGAAAUUGGCAGUGAAGUUAAGUCCCUAGAGGUGGGUGAUCGUGUAGCACUGGAGCCUGGUAUCAGUUGCAGGCGUUGCAAUCUUUGCAAAAAUGGUAGCUACAAUCUUUGUCCUGAAAUGAAGUUCUUUGGAUCUCCUCCAACUAAUGGUUCUCUUGCCCAUAAGGUGGUGCAUCCAGCAAACUUAUGUUUCAAGCUGCCGGAAAAUGUGAGCUUGGAGGAAGGGGCGAUGUGUGAACCUCUGAGUGUUGGGGUCCAUGCAUGUCGCCGCGCAACCGUUGGUCCUGAAACUAAUGUAUUGAUCAUGGGAUCAGGACCGAUUGGCCUUGUUACCUUGUUGGCUGCUCGUGCAUUUGGUGCCCCUAGAAUCGUGAUUGUUGAUGUUGAUGGCCACCGUCUAUCCAUUGCUGAGAAUCUUGGGGCAGAUGCAACUGUUCAAGUUUCAACACUCGAAGAGGAUGCGGUUGCUGAGGUGGUAAAGAUACAAAAUGCGAUGGGUUCAGGCAUUGAUGUGAGCUUUGAUUGUGUUGGGUUCAACAAGACGAUGUCAACGGCUUUGGCCGCCACUCGUUCGGGCGGCAAAGUUUGCCUCAUUGGGCUGGCUAAGAGUGAGAUGACUGUUCCUCUUACUCCAGCUGCUGCAAGGGAGGUGGAUGUAAUUGGUAUAUUCCGGUAUAGGAAUACAUGGCCGCUCUGCCUUGAAUUUCUGAGAACGGGCAAGAUUGACGUUAAGCCAUUGAUAACCCACCGGUUUGGCUUCUCACAGAAAGAGGUAGAAGAUGCCUUCGAAACUAGUGCUCAAGGUGGCAAUGCCAUCAAGGUCAUGUUUAAUCUGUAAAAAUAAGUAGCUCAAGCGGGAGAGAAA